UAUACUCUAUAAAUAAAUAUUUGGUUCAUUUGAUUUGGACACAGAAAAAAAAUUCUUUUUACAAUAAAAUUGUUAUUAUUCUCUCUUUUGUGUAAAAUGGUUCAAAAUAAUAAUCUUUUUUAAUACUCAAACCUCUACAAAUCAUCCUUAUAAUUAUCAAAAUGCCAACAAUUACCAACCCCAAAAUGUACAAAAUUUUGGUUUUUCAUUAAAUUUUCCUAUGACUUCAUAUUUUCCAAAUUAUCGCCCAUAUCAAUGAUGCCAUAUUCAUUUCAACCACCUCUUUAUUCUUCUACUUCCACGGGUAGUGAAAAUGUUCCAAAUGUUGGAACAAUUGAAUUUCCUGGAUUUUCUACACAAACAACUCAUGAAGGCAUAAACGGUGUUCAUGAAAUCACUCCCAAUCCAGAGGAUUCAACUACAACUCGCCGGAAAAACCCCAAAUGGACUACUACACAAAAUCUGGUGCUGCUCGGUGGAUGGAUUAAAUAUGAAACGGAUAUCGUUGUUGGCAGAAACCAAAAAAGUGAAUCAUAUUGGGGAAACAUUGUUGAGUACUGUAAGUGGACAUAUUGGAGCUUCGUGCAGGAAUCAAAGCGGUGGUCAAAGAAUGAUGUUUUAGCUAAAGCGCACGAACUAUACUCAAGUGAUUCUGUAGGACCGAGUGCAGGUCCAAUGGGGAGGGAUGCAACUAAUAACAAAGAUUUAAAAAAAAAAGUAAAGGUGCAGCUUUGGAAUCGGUUAACGAAGAAUGGAAUGAAUUCAAACAAUUCAAGAAGAAAGAGUUGGAACAAUUGAAAAAAACAUCUAUGAGGCAAGAGGAAACAAACCAACUGAUGAAAUAAAACACUAAAACAAAAAAAAAUGAAUAUGUUGAAGUUAUGUGAAAAAAGAUCAUCUUGAUGACCGGGGCAAAGAAUUGUUGGAGAAGUUGACCCCCAAUCUAUUUGGAAAUUAGUAGACCCACAAUCUUCAAUAAUGUGUGUUUGUUUUUAUACUUUAAUAAUGUGUGUUUGUUUGUUUUAAUAAUGUGUGUUCAUCUUUUUCAAUUUUAAUAAUGUAUGUUUUUUUUAUGUUAUGAUAAUGUGUUUUCGUUUCUUUAUCCAUUAAUAAUGUAUGUUUGGCUCUUUUUCUUUAGUAAAGUGUUGUCUUUUCGAUUCUUGUAAUUUUGUUUGUAUUCAAUCUGUGAUUUUUAGAUUAUGUUGAUAUAAUGUUUGUUUGAAGUCUCUAAAUUUCAGCUAUUCAAUUUCUUAUAAAUAAAGCUUGUUUCCAGAUGUAACAAUAACACAAAUCUCAUAUUAUUAAAAAUCAAUGGAUUCGUCAUAACAACAUUUGUGGUAUCGACGUGUCAUCACAAGGAUGAUUCUUAGAAUCCUUAUGAAAAUAAUGUUGGUUCAUCUAAAUAUAUAUUAUACAUUUUAUUAAACUAAGUAUUUAAUUUAUUAGUAGCGUACAAAAAAUAUUAUUUAUUCUUUCCUUAAAUAAAAAUGUGGAAAUUUCAAUUCUACCACAAGUUUGAUAACACUUUUCAAAUUUACCAUUAAUGAAUGACUAUUUUCACAAAUACCUUAAAUUUGUGAUAAAAUAACAUUAAGCUAAUUUUUUAAAAAUAUUUAUAGGGAAAUUGCUACAAAUACCACAUUCAUAGUACCACUUUUCAUGUUUACACUAAUCAUUUUUACCCUCAUUUUAAUGAAGGGUAAAAGACACUUAUACCCAUAGGGUUAACUAGUCUAGACUUAGAGUUUAGAGUUGAGGGGUGAGUAGCGUUUUUGGAAUGUGAAAUUUAAGAUUCUAAUAAAUAUAUAAAUAAAUACUUAAAAAUAUAUAAAAAAUAGUUUCAAACAUAAUUUUCGAUUUUCAAAAGAAAUUUUGAAAAAAAUAUAAACAAAUUUCGAAAAAAUAUUAAAAAUUAAUUUAAAAAAAAAAGUUCGAAUUUGAAAAACUAUAAUU